AUGUCUUUUGUUAGCAAGCAGCCUUUUAUGUAUGCCUCUCACCAGGACAAUCUAAGCAGCGGUAUGAAGCGACAGAGAAAUGGGAACCCAGCACGAUACUCAGUCUCUCUGAAGAGUGAAACGGGUGCUGUUGCAACGACGGUUCAUGGCGACGCUGCUGUGAGUGUGGGCCAAAUUUCGCAAUGGAGUGAGCAGCUUUCCAGCCUUGUUUCCAACGCCCAGGACUAUUUGAGUGAGCGCACUGUAACCGAGGCAACCCACAUCCAUCCUGAAUACUCUGCUAUUUCUCCGUCCCUUAUGCUGGUGGAGUCACUGAGUGAAUCCAGCAGCAAUGUGACACCAGCCACGCUCUCCAACCCUUCAGACAUUCCUGUCAUUUAUGUGUCAGACUUUCCAAAGGAGCCAAGUGUCUCUGACAAGCGAAAGCCGCGUAUCCCGAUUUCACAGCGGCUGGGCCCCAGAAUAAGUAAACCAACUAAUAGCAGGGCAUACACAGCCGACAACUUGAAAAGGCGCAGAAAACACUCAGUUGUAUGCAAAAGUGACUUCGUUCACAAUAUCAGACGUGUCUAUAUCUAUGGGCUCAUGAAGCCCCCAAAUAUCUCGAUGCGAGCUUGCCUCAGCAACAGCUACGGUGUUGACCCAACGGGCAUCAUAUUUUCACACUACAUCGCCUAUCAAGUAACUGAACUAUUUGUUCAUGGCCAGCACACGCAAAGACUAACCAACGGGCUAUCCAAAUUGAAUAGCGUAUUGCAUCUGAAGGGGUUUAAACCAUUGGAGCCGAAUGUCCUACCACACUAUAUACUUUCAUUGGCGCAACUAGAUGCUUUUCCAGGCAUAUACAAAGAGAGCAUUAGGGCCACGUUUGGGAAUCCACAUAUGUUGAGGGGAACGUUUGAGAGAUACGCGCAAGAGUAUAUGGUGGAAAUUGGAGCCGUGGCUCUCGACAACACCAUGGCCGCUCCUGGAAGACACAUUCUCUAG